GCUCAAGACGUAUGCCAACUUCCCAGAAGCACCUCAGGAGGAGGCUUCUCUCAGCAAUAGGCUCAAGACGUAUGCCAACUUCCCAGAAGCACCUCAGGAGGAGGCUUCUCUCAGCAAUAGGCUCAAGACGUAUGCCAACUUCCCAGAAGCACCUCAGGAGGAGGCUUCUCUCAGCAAUAGGCUCAAGACGUAUGCCAACUUCCCAGAAGCACCUCAGGAGGAGGCUUCUCUCAGCAAUAGGCUCAAGACGUAUGCCAACUUCCCAGAAGCACCUCAGGAGGAGGCUUCUCUCAGCAAUAGGCUCAAGACGUAUGCCAACUUCCCAGAAGCACCUCAGGAGGAGGCUUCUCUCAGCAAUAGGCUCAAGACGUAUGCCAACUUCCCAGAAGCACCUCAGGAGGAGGCUUCUCUCAGCAAUAGGCUCAAGACGUAUGCCAACUUCCCAGAAGCACCUCAGGAGGAGGCUUCUCUCAGCAAUAGGCUCAAGACGUAUGCCAACUUCCCAGAAGCACCUCAGGAGGAGGCUUCUCUCAGCAAUAGGCUCAAGACGUAUGCCAACUUCCCAGAAGCACCUCAGGAGGAGGCUUCUCUCAGCAAUAGGCUCAAGACGUAUGCCAACUUCCCAGAAGCACCUCAGGAGGAGGCUUCUCUCAGCAAUAGGCUCAAGACGUAUGCCAACUUCCCAGAAGCACCUCAGGAGGAGGCUUCUCUCAGCAAUAGGCUCAAGACGUAUGCCAACUUCCCAGAAGCACCUCAGGAGGAGGCUUCUCUCAGCAAUAGGCUCAAGACGUAUGCCAACUUCCCAGAAGCACCUCAGGAGGAGGCUUCUCUCAGCAAUAGGCUCAAGACGUAUGCCAACUUCCCAGAAGCACCUCAGGAGGAGGCUUCUCUCAGCAAUAGGCUCAAGACGUAUGCCAACUUCCCAGAAGCACCUCAGGAGGAGGCUUCUCUCAGCAAUAGGCUCAAGACGUAUGCCAACUUCCCAGAAGCACCUCAGGAGGAGGCUUCUCUCAGCAAUAGGCUCAAGACGUAUGCCAACUUCCCAGAAGCACCUCAGGAGGAGGCUUCUCUCAGCAAUAGGCUGAAGACGUAUGCCAACUUCCUAGAAGCACCUCAGGAGGAGGCUUCUCUCAGCAAUAGGCUCAAGACGUAUGCCAACUUCCCAGAAGCACCUCAGGAGGAGGCUUCUCUCAGCAAUAGGCUCAAGACGUAUGCCAACUUCCCAGAAGCACCUCAGGAGGAGGCUUCUCUCAGCAAUAGGCUCAAGACGUAUGCCAACUUCCCAGAAGCACCUCAGGAGGAGGCUUCUCUCAGCAAUAGGCUGAAGACGUAUGCCAACUUCCUAGAAGCACCUCAGGAGGAGGCUUCUCUCAGCAAUAGGCUCAAGACGUAUGCCAACUUCCCAGAAGCACCUCAGGAGGAGGCUUCUCUCAGCAAUAGGCUCAAGACGUAUGCCAACUUCCCAGAAGCACCUCAGGAGGAGGCUUCUCUCAGCAAUAGGCUCAAGACGUAUGCCAACUUCCCAGAAGCACCUCAGGAGGAUGCUUCUCUCAGCAAUAGGUUCAAGACGUAUGCCAACUUCCCAGAAGCACCUCAGGAGGAGGCUUCUCUCAGCAAUAGGCUCAAGACGUAUGCCAACUUCCCAGAAGCACCUCAGGAGGAGGCUUCUCUCAGCAAUAGGCUCAAGACGUAUGCCAACUUCCCAGAAGCACCUCAGGAGGAGGCUUCUCUCAGCAAUAGGCUCAAGACGUAUGCCAACUUCCCAGAAGCACCUCAGGAGGAGGCUUCUCUCAGCAAUAGGCUCAAGACGUAUGCCAACUUCCGAGAAGCACCUCAGGAGGAGGCUUCUCUCAGCAAUAGGCUCAAGACGUAUGCCAACUUCCCAGAAGCACCUCAGGAGGAGGCUUCUCUCAGCAAUAGGCUCAAGACGUAUGCCAACUUCCCAGAAGCACCUCAGGAGGAGGCUUCUCUCAGCAAUAGGCUCAAGACGUAUGCCAACUUCCCAGAAGCACCUCAGGAGGAGGCUUCUCUCAGCAAUAGGCUCAAGACGUAUGCCAACUUCCCAGAAGCACCUCAGGAGGAGGCUUCUCUCAGCAAUAGGCUCAAGACGUAUGCCAACUUCCCAGAAGCACCUCAGGAGGAGGCUUCUCUCAGCAAUAGGCUCAAGACGUAUGCCAACUUCCCAGAAGCACCUCAGGAGGAGGCUUCUCUCAGCAAUAGGCUCAAGACGUAUGCCAACUUCCCAGAAGCACCUCAGGAGGAGGCUUCUCUCAGCAAUAGGCUCAAGACGUAUGCCAACUUCCCAGAAGCACCUCAGGAGGAGGCUUCUCUCAGCAAUAGGCUCAAGACGUAUGCCAACUUCCCAGAAGCACCUCAGGAGGAGGCUUCUCUCAGCAAUAGGCUCAAGACGUAUGCCAACUUCCCAGAAGCACCUCAGGAGGAGGCUUCUCUCAGCAAUAGGCUCAAGACGUAUGCCAACUUCCCAGAAGCACCUCAGGAGGAGGCUUCUCUCAGCAAUAGGCUCAAGACGUAUGCCAACUUCCCAGAAGCACCUCAGGAGGAGGCUUCUCUCAGCAAUAGGCUCAAGACGUAUGCCAACUUCCCAGAAGCACCUCAGGAGGAGGCUUCUCUCAGCAAUAGGCUCAAGACGUAUGCCAACUUCCCAGAAGCACCUCAGGAGGAGGCUUCUCUCAGCAAUAGGCUCAAGACGUAUGCCAACUUCCCAGAAGCACCUCAGGAGGAGGCUUCUCUCAGCAAUAGGCUCAAGACGUAUGCCAACUUCCCAGAAGCACCUCAGGAGGAGGCUUCUCUCAGCAAUAGGCUCAAGACGUAUGCCAACUUCCCAGAAGCACCUCAGGAGGAGGCUUCUCUCAGCAAUAGGCUCAAGACGUAUGCCAACUUCCCAGAAGCACCUCAGGAGGAGGCUUCUCUCAGCAAUAGGCUCAAGACGUAUGCCAACUUCCCAGAAGCACCUCAGGAGGAGGCUUCUCUCAGCAAUAGGCUCAAGACGUAUGCCAACUUCCCAGAAGCACCUCAGGAGGAGGCUUCUCUCAGCAAUAGGCUCAAGACGUAUGCCAACUUCCCAGAAGCACCUCAGGAGGAGGCUUCUCUCAGCAAUAGGCUCAAGACGUAUGCCAACUUCCCAGAAGCACCUCAGGAGGAGGCUUCUCUCAGCAAUAGGCUCAAGACGUAUGCCAACUUCCCAGAAGCACCUCAGGAGGAGGCUUCUCUCAGCAAUAGACUCAAGACGUAUGCCAACUUCCCAGAAGCACCUCAGGAGGAGGCUUCUCUCAGCAAUAGGCUCAAGACGUAUGCCAACUUCCCAGAAGCACCUCAGGAGGAGGCUUCUCUCAGCAAUAGGCUCAAGACGUAUGCCAACUUCCCAGAAGCACCUCAGGAGGAGGCUUCUCUCAGCAAUAGGCUCAAGACGUAUGCCAACUUCCCAGAAGCACCUCAGGAGGAGGCUUCUCUCAGCAAUAGGCUCAAGACGUAUGCCAACUUCCCAGAAGCACCUCAGGAGGAGGCUUCUCUCAGCAAUAGGCUCAAGACGUAUGCCAACUUCCCAGAAGCACCUCAGGAGGAGGCUUCUCUCAGCAAUAGGCUCAAGACGUAUGCCAACUUCCCAGAAGCACCUCAGGAGGAGGCUUCUCUCAGCAAUAGGCUCAAGACGUAUGCCAACUUCCCAGAAGCACCUCAGGAGGAGGCUUCUCUCAGCAAUAGGCUCAAGACGUAUGCCAACUUCCCAGAAGCACCUCAGGAGGAGGCUUCUCUCAGCAAUAGGCUCAAGACGUAUGCCAACUUCCCAGAAGCACCUCAGGAGGAGGCUUCUCUCAGCAAUAGGCUCAAGACGUAUGCCAACUUCCCAGAAGCACCUCAGGAGGAGGCUUCUCUCAGCAAUAGGCUCAAGACGUAUGCCAACUUCCCAGAAGCACCUCAGGAGGAGGCUUCUCUCAGCAAUAGGCUCAAGACGUAUGCCAACUUCCCAGAAGCACCUCAGGAGGAGGCUUCUCUCAGCAAUAGGCUCAAGACGUAUGCCAACUUCCCAGAAGCACCUCAGGAGGAGGCUUCUCUCAGCAAUAGGCUCAAGACGUAUGCCAACUUCCCAGAAGCACCUCAGGAGGAGGCUUCUCUCAGCAAUAGGCUCAAGACGUAUGCCAACUUCCCAGAAGCACCUCAGGAGGAGGCUUCUCUCAGCAAUAGGCUCAAGACGUAUGCCAACUUCCCAGAAGCACCUCAGGAGGAGGCUUCUCUCAGCAAUAGGCUCAAGACGUAUGCCAACUUCCCAGAAGCACCUCAGGAGGAGGCUUCUCUCAGCAAUAGGCUCAAGACGUAUGCCAACUUCCCAGAAGCACCUCAGGAGGAGGCUUCUCUCAGCAAUAGGCUCAAGACGUAUGCCAACUUCCCAGAAGCACCUCAGGAGGAGGCUUCUCUCAGCAAUAGGCUCAAGACGUAUGCCAACUUCCCAGAAGCACCUCAGGAGGAGGCUUCUCUCAGCAAUAGGCUCAAGACGUAUGCCAACUUCCCAGAAGCACCUCAGGAGGAGGCUUCUCUCAGCAAUAGGCUGAAGACGUAUGCCAACUUCCCAGAAGCACCUCAGGAGGAGGCUUCUCUCAGCAAUAGGCUGAAGACGUAUGCCAACUUCCCAGAAGCACCUCAGGAGGAGGCUUCUCUCAGCAAUAGGCUCAAGACGUAUGCCAACUUCCCAGAAGCACCUCAGGAGGAGGCUUCUCUCAGCAAUAGGCUCAAGACGUAUGCCAACUUCCCAGAAGCACCUCAGGAGGAGGCUUCUCUCAGCAAUAGGCUCAAGACGUAUGCCAACUUCCCAGAAGCACCUCAGGAGGAGGCUUCUCUCAGCAAUAGGCUCAAGACGUAUGCCAACUUCCCAGAAGCACCUCAGGAGGAGGCUUCUCUCAGCAAUAGGCUCAAGACGUAUGCCAACUUCCCAGAAGCACCUCAGGAGGAGGCUUCUCUCAGCAAUAGGCUCAAGACGUAUGCCAACUUCCCAGAAGCACCUCAGGAGGAGGCUUCUCUCAGCAAUAGGCUCAAGACGUAUGCCAACUUCCCAGAAGCACCUCAGGAGGAGGCUUGUCUCAGCAAUAGGCUCAAGACGUAUGCCAACUUCCCAGAAGCACCUCAGGAGGAGGCUUCUCUCAGCAAUAGGCUGAAGACGUAUGCCAACUUCUCAGAAGCACCUCAGGAGGAGGCUUCUCUCAGCAAUAGGCUCAAGACGUAUGCCAACUUCCCAGAAGCACCUCAGGAGGAGGCUUCUCUCAGCAAUAGGCUCAAGACGUAUGCCAACUUCCCAGAAGCACCUCAGGAGGAGGCUUCUCUCAGCAAUAGGCUCAAGACGUAUGCCAACUUCCCAGAAGCACCUCAGGAGGAGGCUUCUCUCAGCAAUAGGCUCAAGACGUAUGCCAACUUCCCAGAAGCACCUCAGGAGGAGGCUUCUCUCAGCAAUAGGCUCAAGACGUAUGCCAACUUCCCAGAAGCACCUCAGGAGGAGGCUUCUCUCAGCAAUAGGCUCAAGACGUAUGCCAACUUCCCAGAAGCACCUCAGGAGGAGGCUUCUCUCAGCAAUAGGCUCAAGACGUAUGCCAACUUCCCAGAAGCACCUCAGGAGGAGGCUUCUCUCAGCAAUAGGCUCAAGACGUAUGCCAACUUCCCAGAAGCACCUCAGGAGGAGGCUUCUCUCAGCAAUAGGCUCAAGACGUAUGCCAACUUCCCAGAAGCACCUCAGGAGGAGGCUUCUCUCAGCAAUAGGCUCAAGACGUAUGCCAACUUCCCAGAAGCACCUCAGGAGGAGGCUUCUCUCAGCAAUAGGCUCAAGACGUAUGCCAACUUCCCAGAAGCACCUCAGGAGGAGGCUUCUCUCAGCAAUAGGCUCAAGACGUAUGCCAACUUCCCAGAAGCACCUCAGGAGGAGGCUUCUCUCAGCAAUAGGCUGAAGACGUAUGCCAACUUCCCAGAAGCACCUCAGGAGGAGGCUUCUCUCAGCAAUAGGCUCAAGACGUAUGCCAACUUCCCAGAAGCACCUCAGGAGGAGGCUUCUCUCAGCAAUAGGCUGAAGACGUAUGCCAACUUCCCAGAAGCACCUCAGGAGGAGGCUUCUCUCAGCAAUAGGCUCAAGACGUAUGCCAACUUCCCAGAAGCACCUCAGGAGGAGGCUUCUCUCAGCAAUAGGCUCAAGACGUAUGCCAACUUCCCAGAAGCACCUCAGGAGGAGGCUUCUCUCAGCAAUAGGCUCAAGACGUAUGCCAACUUCCCAGAAGCACCUCAGGAGGAGGCUUCUCUCAGCAAUAGGCUGAAGACGUAUGCCAACUUCCCAGAAGCACCUCAGGAGGAGGCUUCUCUCAGCAAUAGGCUCAAGACGUAUGCCAACUUCCCAGAAGCACCUCAGGAGGAGGCUUCUCUCAGCAAUAGGCUCAAGACGUAUGCCAACUUCCCAGAAGCACCUCAGGAGGAGGCUUCUCUCAGCAAUAGGCUCAAGACGUAUGCCAACUUCCCAGAAGCACCUCAGGAGGAGGCUUCUCUCAGCAAUAGGCUCAAGACGUAUGCCAACUUCCCAGAAGCACCUCAGGAGGAGGCUUCUCUCAGCAAUAGGCUCAAGACGUAUGCCAACUUCCCAGAAGCACCUCAGGAGGAGGCUUCUCUCAGCAAUAGGCUCAAGACGUAUGCCAACUUCCCAGAAGCACCUCAGGAGGAGGCUUCUCUCAGCAAUAGGCUGAAGACGUAUGCCAACUUCCCAGAAGCACCUCAGGAGGAGGCUUCUCUCAGCAAUAGGCUCAAGACGUAUGCCAACUUCCCAGAAGCACCUCAGGAGGAGGCUUCUCUCAGCAAUAGGCUCAAGACGUAUGCCAACUUCCCAGAAGCACCUCAGGAGGAGGCUUCUCUCAGCAAUAGGCUCAAGACGUAUGCCAACUUCCCAGAAGCACCUCAGGAGGAGGCUUCUCUCAGCAAUAGGCUCAAGACGUAUGCCAACUUCCCAGAAGCACCUCAGGAGGAGGCUUCUCUCAGCAAUAGGCUCAAGACGUAUGCCAACUUCCCAGAAGCACCUCAGGAGGAGGCUUCUCUCAGCAAUAGGCUCAAGACGUAUGCCAACUUCCCAGAAGCACCUCAGGAGGAGGCUUCUCUCAGCAAUAGGCUCAAGACGUAUGCCAACUUCCCAGAAGCACCUCAGGAGGAGGCUUCUCUCAGCAAUAGGCUCAAGACGUAUGCCAACUUCCCAGAAGCACCUCAGGAGGAGGCUUCUCUCAGCAAUAGGCUCAAGACGUAUGCCAACUUCCCAGAAGCACCUCAGGAGGAGGCUUCUCUCAGCAAUAGGCUCAAGACGUAUGCCAACUUCCCAGAAGCACCUCAGGAGGAGGCUUCUCUCAGCAAUAGGCUGAAGACGUAUGCAAACUUCCCAGAAGGACCUCAGGAGGAGGCUUCUCUCAGCAAUAGGCUCAAGACGUAUGCCAACUUCCCAGAAGCACCUCAGGAGGAGGCUUCUCUCAGCAAUAGGCUCAAGACGUAUGCCAACUUCCCAGAAGCACCUCAGGAGGAGGCUUCUCUCAGCAAUAGGCUCAAGACGUAUGCCAACUUCCCAGAAGCACCUCAGGAGGAGGCUUCUCUCAGCAAUAGGCUCAAGACGUAUGCCAACUUCCCAGAAGCACCUCAGGAGGAGGCUUCUCUCAGCAAUAGGCUCAAGACGUAUGCCAACUUCCCAGAAGCACCUCAGGAGGAGGCUUCUCUCAGCAAUAGGCUCAAGACGUAUGCCAACUUCCCAGAAGCACCUCAGGAGGAGGCUUCUCUCAGCAAUAGGCUCAAGACGUAUGCCAACUUCCCAGAAGCACCUCAGGAGGAGGCUUCUCUCAGCAAUAGGCUCAAGACGUAUGCCAACUUCCCAGAAGCACCUCAGGAGGAGGCUUCUCUCAGCAAUAGGCUCAAGACGUAUGCCAACUUCCCAGAAGCACCUCAGGAGGAGGCUUCUCUCAGCAAUAGGCUCAAGACGUAUGCCAACUUCCCAGAAGCACCUCAGGAGGAGGCUUCUCUCAGCAAUAGGCUCAAGACGUAUGCCAACUUCCCAGAAGCACCUCAGGAGGAGGCUUCUCUCAGCAAUAGGCUCAAGACGUAUGCCAACUUCCCAGAAGCACCUCAGGAGGAGGCUUCUCUCAGCAAUAGGCUCAAGACGUAUGCCAACUUCCCAGAAGCACCUCAGGAGGAGGCUUCUCUCAGCAAUAGGCUCAAGACGUAUGCCAACUUCCCAGAAGCACCUCAGGAGGAGGCUUCUCUCAGCAAUAGGCUCAAGACGUAUGCCAACUUCCCAGAAGCACCUCAGGAGGAGGCUUCUCUCAGCAAUAGGCUCAAGACGUAUGCCAACUUCCCAGAAGCACCUCAGGAGGAGGCUUCUCUCAGCAAUAGGCUGAAGACGUAUGCCAACUUCCCAGAAGCACCUCAGGAGGAGGCUUCUCUCAGCAAUAGGCUCAAGACGUAUGCCAACUUCCCAGAAGCACCUCAGGAGGAGGCUUCUCUCAGCAAUAGGCUCAAGACGAAUGCCAACUUCCCAGAAGCACCUCAGGAGGAGGCUUCUCUCAGCAAUAGGCUCAAGACGUAUGCCAACUUCCCAGAAGCACCUCAGGAGGAGGCUUCUCUCAGCAAUAGGCUGAAGACGUAUGCCAACUUCCCAGAAGCACCUCAGGAGGAGGCUUCUCUCAGCAAUAGGCUCAAGACGAAUGCCAACUUCCCAGAAGCACCUCAGGAGGAGGCUUCUCUCAGCAAUAGGCUCAAGACGUAUGCCAACUUCCCAGAAGCACCUCAGGAGGAGGCUUCUCUCAGCAAUAGGCUCAAGACAUAUGCCAACUUCCCAGAAGCACCUCAGGAGGAGGCUUCUCUCAGCAAUAGGCUCAAGACGUAUGCCAACUUCCCAGAAGUACCUCAGGAGGAGGCUUCUCUCAGCAAUAGGCUCAAGACGUAUGCCAACUUCCCAGAAGCACCUCAGGAGGAGGCUUCUCUCAGCAAUAGGCUCAAGACGUAUGCCAACUUCCCAGAAGCACCUCAGGAGGAGGCUUCUCUCAGCAAUAGGCUCAAGACGUAUGCCAACUUCCCAGAAGCACCUCAGGAGGAGGCUUCUCUCAGCAAUAGGCUCAAGACGUAUGCCAACUUCCCAGAAGCACCUCAGGAGGAGGCUUCUCUCAGCAAUAGGCUCAAGACGUAUGCCAACUUCCCAGAAGCACCUCAGGAGGAGGCUUCUCUCAGCAAUAGGCUCAAGACGUAUGCCAACUUCCCAGAAGCACCUCAGGAGGAGGCUUCUCUCAGCAAUAGGCUCAAGACGUAUGCCAACUUCCCAGAAGCACCUCAGGAGGAGGCUUCUCUCAGCAAUAGGCUGAAGACGUAUGCCAACUUCCCAGAAGCACCUCAGGAGGAGGCUUCUCUCAGCAAUAGGCUCAAGACGUAUGCCAACUUCCCAGAAGCACCUCAGGAGGAGGCUUCUCUCAGCAAUAGGCUCAAGACGAAUGCCAACUUCCCAGAAGCACCUCAGGAGGAGGCUUCUCUCAGCAAUAGGCUCAAGACGUAUGCCAACUUCCCAGAAGCACCUCAGGAGGAGGCUUCUCUCAGCAAUAGGCUCAAGACGUAUGCCAACUUCCCAGAAGCACCUCAGGAGGAGGCUUCUCUCAGCAAUAGGCUGAAGACGUAUGCCAACUUCCCAGAAGCACCUCAGGAGGAGGCUUCUCUCAGCAAUAGGCUCAAGACGAAUGCCAACUUCCCAGAAGCACCUCAGGAGGAGGCUUCUCUCAGCAAUAGGCUCAAGACGUAUGCCAACUUCCCAGAAGCACCUCAGGAGGAGGCUUCUCUCAGCAAUAGGCUCAAGACAUAUGCCAACUUCCCAGAAGCACCUCAGGAGGAGGCUUCUCUCAGCAAUAGGCUCAAGACGUAUGCCAACUUCCCAGAAGUACCUCAGGAGGAGGCUUCUCUCAGCAAUAGGCUCAAGACGUAUGCCAACUUCCCAGAAGCACCUCAGGAGGAGGCUUCUCUCAGCAAUAGGCUCAAGACGUAUGCCAACUUCCCAGAAGCACCUCAGGAGGAGGCUUCUCUCAGCAAUAGGCUCAAGACGUAUGCCAACUUCCCAGAAGCACCUCAGGAGGAGGCUUCUCUCAGCAAUAGGCUCAAGACGUAUGCCAACUUCCCAGAAGCACCUCAGGAGGAGGCUUCUCUCAGCAAUAGGCUCAAGACGUAUGCCAACUUCCCAGAAGCACCUCAGGAGGAGGCUUCUCUCAGCAAUAGGCUCAAGACGUAUGCCAACUUCCCAGAAGCACCUCAGGAGGAGGCUUCUCUCAGCAAUAGGCUCAAGACGUAUGCCAACUUCCCAGAAGCACCUCAGGAGGAGGCUUCUCUCAGCAAUAGGCUCAAGACGUAUGCCAACUUCCCAGAAGCACCUCAGGAGGAGGCUUCUCUCAGCAAUAGGCUCAAGACGUAUGCCAACUUCCCAGAAGCACCUCAGGCGGAGGCUUCUCUCAGCAAUAGGCUCAAGACGUAUGCCAACUUCCCAGAAGCACCUCAGGAGGAGGCUUCUCUCAGCAAUAGGCUCAAGACGUAUGCCAACUUCCCAGAAGCACCUCAGGAGGAGGCUUCUCUCAGCAAUAGGCUCAAGACGUAUGCCAACUUCCCAGAAGCACCUCAGGCGGAGGCUUCUCUCAGCAAUAGAUGCGAGCUGAUUCCCUGGCUUAGGCUCAAGACGUAUGCCAACUUCCCAGAAGCACCUCAGGAGGAGGCUUCUCUCAGCAAUAGAUGCGAGCUGAUUCCCUGGCUUAGGCUCAAGACGUAUGCCAACUUCCCAGAAGCACCUCAGGAGGAGGCUUCUCUCAGCAAUAGGCUCAAGACGUAUGCCAACUUCCCAGAAGCACCUCAGGAGGAGGCUUCUCUCAGCAAUAGGCUCAAGACGUAUGCCAACUUCCCAGAAGCACCUCAGGAGGAGGCUUCUCUCAGCAAUAGGCUCAAGACGUAUGCCAACUUCCCAGAAGCACCUCAGGAGGAGGCUUCUCUCAGCAAUAGGCUCAAGACGUAUGCCAACUUCCCAGAAGCACCUCAGGAGGAGGCUUCUCUCAGCAAUAGGCUCAAGACGUAUGCCAACUUCCCAGAAGCACCUCAGGAGGAGGCUUCUCUCAGCAAUAGGCUCAAGACGUAUGCCAACUUCCCAGAAGCACCUCAGGAGGAGGCUUCUCUCAGCAAUAGGCUCAAGACGUAUGCCAACUUCCCAGAAGCACCUCAGGAGGAGGCUUCUCUCAGCAAUAGGCUCAAGACGUAUGCCAACUUCCCAGAAGCACCUCAGGAGGAGGCUUCUCUCAGCAAUAGGCUCAAGACGUAUGCCAACUUCCCAGAAGCACCUCAGGAGGAGGCUUCUCUCAGCAAUAGGCUCAAGACGUAUGCCAACUUCCCAGAAGCACCUCAGGAGGAGGCUUCUCUCAGCAAUAGGCUCAAGACGUAUGCCAACUUCCCAGAAGCACCUCAGGAGGAGGCUUCUCUCAGCAAUAGGCUCAAGACGUAUGCCAACUUCCCAGAAGCACCUCAGGAGGAGGCUUCUCUCAGCAAUAGGCUCAAGACGUAUGCCAACUUCCCAGAAGCACCUCAGGAGGAGGCUUCUCUCAGCAAUAGGCUCAAGACGUAUGCCAACUUCCCAGAAGCACCUCAGGAGGAGGCUUCUCUCAGCAAUAGAUGCGAGCUGAUUCCCUGGCUUAGGCUCAAGACGUAUGCCAACUUCCCAGAAGCACCUCAGGAGGAGGCUUCUCUCAGCAAUAGGCUCAAGACGUAUGCCAACUUCCCAGAAGCACCUCAGGAGGAGGCUUCUCUCAGCAAUAGGCUCAAGACGUAUGCCAACUUCCCAGAAGCACCUCAGGAGGAGGCUUCUCUCAGCAAUAGGCUCAAGACGUAUGCCAACUUCCCAGAAGCACCUCAGGAGGAGGCUUCUCUCAGCAAUAGGCUCAAGACGUAUGCCAACUUCCCAGAAGCACCUCAGGAGGAGGCUUCUCUCAGCAAUAGGCUCAAGACGUAUGCCAACUUCCCAGAAGCACCUCAGGAGGAGGCUUCUCUCAGCAAUAGAUGCGAGCUGAUUCCCUGGCUUAGGCUCAAGACGUAUGCCAACUUCCCAGAAGCACCUCAGGAGGAGGCUUCUCUCAGCAAUAGGCUCAAGACGUAUGCCAACUUCCCAGAAGCACCUCAGGAGGAGGCUUCUCUCAGCAAUAGGCUCAAGACGUAUGCCAACUUCCCAGAAGCACCUCAGGAGGAGGCUUCUCUCAGCAAUAGGCUCAAGACGUAUGCCAACUUCCCAGAAGCACCUCAGGAGGAGGCUUCUCUCAGCAAUAGGCUCAAGACGUAUGCCAACUUCCCAGAAGCACCUCAGGAGGAGGCUUCUCUCAGCAAUAGGCUCAAGACGUAUGCCAACUUCCCAGAAGCACCUCAGGAGGAGGCUUCUCUCAGCAAUAGGCUCAAGACGUAUGCCAACUUCCCAGAAGCACCUCAGGAGGAGGCUUCUCUCAGCAAUAGGCUCAAGACGUAUGCCAACUUCCCAGAAGCACCUCAGGAGGAGGCUUCUCUCAGCAAUAGGCUCAAGACGUAUGCCAACUUCCCAGAAGCACCUCAGGAGGAGGCUUCUCUCAGCAAUAGGCUCAAGACGUAUGCCAACUUCCCAGAAGCACCUCAGGAGGAGGCUUCUCUCAGCAAUAGGCUCAAGACGUAUGCCAACUUCCCAGAAGCACCUCAGGAGGAGGCUUCUCUCAGCAAUAGGCUCAAGACGUAUGCCAACUUCCCAGAAGCACCUCAGGAGGAGGCUUCUCUCAGCAAUAGGCUCAAGACGUAUGCCAACUUCCCAGAAGCACCUCAGGAGGAGGCUUCUCUCAGCAAUAGGCUCAAGACGUAUGCCAACUUCCCAGAAGCACCUCAGGAGGAGGCUUUUCUCAGCAAUAGGAUCAAGACGUAUGCCAACUUCCCAGAAGCACCUCAGGAGGAGGCUUCUCUCAGCAAUAGGCUGAAGACGUAUGCCAACUUCCCAGAAGCACCUCAGGAGGAGGCUUCUCUCAGCAAUAGGCUCAAGACGUAUGCCAACUUCCCAGAAGUACCUCAGGAGGAGGCUUCUCUCAGCAAUAGGCUCAAGACGUAUGCCAACUUCCCAGAAGCACCUCAGGAGGAGGCUUCUCUCAGCAAUAGGCUCAAGACGUAUGCCAACUUCCCAGAAGCACCUCAGGAGGAGGCUUCUCUCAGCAAUAGGCUCAAGACGUAUGCCAACUUCCCAGAAGCACCUCAGGAGGAGGCUUCUCUCAGCAAUAGGCUCAAGACGUAUGCCAACUUCCCAGAAGCACCUCAGGAGGAGGCUUCUCUCAGCAAUAGGCUCAAGACGUAUGCCAACUUCCCAGAAGCACCUCAGGAGGAGGCUUCUCUCAGCAAUAGGCUCAAGACGUAUGCCAACUUCCCAGAAGCACCUCAGGAGGAGGCUUCUCUCAGCAAUAGGCUCAAGACGUAUGCCAACUUCCCAGAAGCACCUCAGGAGGAGGCUUCUCUCAGCAAUAGGCUCAAGACGUAUGCCAACUUCCCAGAAGCACCUCAGGAGGAGGCUUCUCUCAGCAAUAGGCUCAAGACGUAUGCCAACUUCCCAGAAGCACCUCAGGAGGAGGCUUCUCUCAGCAAUAGGCUCAAGACGUAUGCCAACUUCCCAGAAGCACCUCAGGAGGAGGCUUCUCUCAGCAAUAGGCUCAAGACGUAUGCCAACUUCCCAGAAGCACCUCAGGAGGAGGCUUCUCUCAGCAAUAGGCUCAAGACGUAUGCCAACUUCCCAGAAGCACCUCAGGAGGAGGCUUCUCUCAGCAAUAGGCUCAAGACGUAUGCCAACUUCCCAGAAGCACCUCAGGAGGAGGCUUCUCUCAGCAAUAGGCUCAAGACGUAUGCCAACUUCCCAGAAGCACCUCAGGAGGAGGCUUCUCUCAGCAAUAGGCUCAAGACGUAUGCCAACUUCCCAGAAGCACCUCAGGAGGAGGCUUCUCUCAGCAAUAGGCUCAAGACGUAUGCCAACUUCCCAGAAGCACCUCAGGAGAAGGCUUCUCUCAGCAAUAGGCUCAAGACGUAUGCCAACUUCCCAGAAGCACCUCAGGAGGAGGCUUCUCUCAGCAAUAGGCUCAAGACGUAUGCCAACUUCCCAGAAGCACCUCAGGAGGAGGCUUCUCUCAGCAAUAGGCUCAAGACGUAUGCCAACUUCCCAGAAGCACCUCAGGAGGAGGCUUCUCUCAGCAAUAGGCUCAAGACGUAUGCCAACUUCCCAGAAGCACCUCAGGAGGAGGCUUCUCUCAGCAAUAGGCUCAAGACGUAUGCCAACUUCCCAGAAGCACCUCAGGAGGAGGCUUCUCUCAGCAAUAGGCUCAAGACGUAUGCCAACUUCCCAGAAGCACCUCAGGAGGAGGCUUCUCUCAGCAAUAGGCUCAAGACGUAUGCCAACUUCCCAGAAGCACCUCAGGAGGAGGCUUCUCUCAGCAAUAGGCUCAAGACGUAUGCCAACUUCCCAGAAGCACCUCAGGAGGAGGCUUCUCUCAGCAAUAGGCUCAAGACGUAUGCCAACUUCCCAGAAGCACCUCAGGAGGAGGCUUCUCUCAGCAAUAGGCUCAAGACGUAUGCCAACUUCCCAGAAGCACCUCAGGAGGAGGCUUCUCUCAGCAAUAGGCUCAAGACGUAUGCCAACUUCCCAGAAGCACCUCAGGAGGAGGCUUCUCUCAGCAAUAGGCUCAAGACGUAUGCCAACUUCCCAGAAGCACCUCAGGAGGAGGCUUCUCACAGCAAUAGGCUCAAGACGUAUGCCAACUUCCCAGAAGCACCUCAGGAGGAGGCUUCUCUCAGCAAUAGUCUCAAGACGUAUGCCAACUUCCCAGAAGCACCUCAGGAGGAGGCUUCUCUCAGCAAUAGGCUCAAGACGUAUGCCAACUUCCCAGAAGCACCUCAGGAGGAGGCUUCUCUCAGCAAUAGGCUCAAGACGUAUGCCAACUUCCCAGAAGCACCUCAGGAGGAGGCUUCUCUCAGCAAUAGGCUCAAGACGUAUGCCAACUUCCCAGAAGCACCUCAGGAGGAGGCUUCUCUCAGCAAUAGGCUCAAGACGUAUGCCAACUUCCCAGAAGCACCUCAGGAGGAGGCUUCUCUCAGCAAUAGGCUCAAGACGUAUGCCAACUUCCCAGAAGCACCUCAGGAGGAGGCUUCUCUCAGCAAUAGGCUCAAGACGUAUGCCAACUUCCCAGAAGCACCUCAGGAGGAGGCUUCUCUCAGCAAUAGGCUCAAGACGUAUGCCAACUUCCCAGAAGCACCUCAGGAGGAGGCUUCUCUCAGCAAUAGGCUCAAGACGUAUGCCAACUUCCCAGAAGCACCUCAGGAGGAGGCUUCUCUCAGCAAUAGGCUCAAGACGUAUGCCAACUUCCCAGAAGCACCUCAGGAGGAGGCUUCUCUCAGCAAUAGGCUCAAGACGUAUGCCAACUUCCCAGAAGCACCUCAGGAGGAGGCUUCUCUCAGCAAUAGGCUCAAGACGUAUGCCAACUUCCCAGAAGCACCUCAGGAGGAGGCUUCUCUCAGCAAUAGGCUCAAGACGUAUGCCAACUUCCCAGAAGCACCUCAGGAGGAGGCUUCUCUCAGCAAUAGGCUCAAGACGUAUGCCAACUUCCCAGAAGCACCUCAGGAGGAGGCUUCUCUCAGCAAUAGGCUCAAGACGUAUGCCAACUUCCCAGAAGCACCUCAGGAGGAGGCUUCUCUCAGCAAUAGGCUCAAGACGUAUGCCAACUUCCCAGAAGCACCUCAGGAGGAGGCUUCUCUCAGCAAUAGGCUCAAGACGUAUGCCAACUUCCCAGAAGCACCUCAGGAGGAGGCUUCUCUCAGCAAUAGGCUCAAGACGUAUGCCAACUUCCCAGAAGCACCUCAGGAGGAGGCUUCUCUCAGCAAUAGGCUCAAGACGUAUGCCAACUUCCCAGAAGCACCUCAGGAGGAGGCUUCUCUCAGCAAUAGGCUCAAGACGUAUGCCAACUUCCCAGAAGCACCUCAGGAGGAGGCUUCUCUCAGCAAUAGGCUCAAGAAGUAUGCCAACUUCCCAGAAGCACCUCAGGAGGAGGCUUCUCUCAGCAAUAGGCUCAAGACGUAUGCCAACUUCCCAGAGGCACCUCAGGAGGAGGCUUCUCUCAGCAAUAGGCUCAAGACGUAUGCCAACUUCCCAGAGGCACCUCAGGAGGAGGCUUCUCUCAGCAAUAGGCUCAAGACGUAUGCCAACUUCCCAGAAGCACCUCAGGAGGAGGCUUCUCUCAGCAAUAGGCUCAAGACGAAUGCCAACUUCCCAGAAGCACCUCAGGAGGAGGCUUCUCUCAGCAAUAGGCUCAAGACGUAUGCCAACUUCCCAGAAGCACCUCAGGAGGAGGCUUCUCUCAGCAAUAGGCUCAAGACGUAUGCCAACUUCCCAGAAGCACCUCAGGAGGAGGCUUCUCUCAGCAAUAGGCUCAAGACGUAUGCCAACUUCCCAGAAGCACCUCAGGAGGAGGCUUCUCUCAGCAAUAGGCUCAAGAAGUAUGCCAACUUCCCAGAAGCACCUCAGGAGGAGGCUUCUCUCAGCAAUAGGCUCAAGACGUAUGCCAACUUCCCAGAAGCACCUCAGGAGGAGGCUUCUCUCAGCAAUAGGCUCAAGACGUAUGCCAACUUCCCAGAAGCACCUCAGGAGGAGGCUUCUCUCAGCAAUAGGCUCAAGACGUAUGCCAACUUCCCAGAGGCACCUCAGGAGGAGGCUUCUCUCAGCAAUAGGCUCAAGACGUAUGCCAACUUCCCAGAAGCACCUCAGGAGGAGGCUUCUCUCAGCAAUAGGCUCAAGACGUAUGCCAACUUCCCAGAGGCACCUCAGGAGGAGGCUUCUCUCAGCAAUAGGCUCAAGACGUAUGCCAACUUCCCAGAAGCACCUCAGGAGGAGGCUUCUCUCAGCAAUAGGCUCAAGACGUAUGCCAACUUCCCAGAAGCACCUCAGGAGGAGGCUUCUCUCAGCAAUAGGCUCAAGACGUAUGCCAACUUCCCAGAAGCACCUCAGGAGGAGGCUUCUCUCAGCAAUAGGCUCAAGACGUAUGCCAACUUCCCAGAAGCACCUCAGGAGGAGGCUUCUCUCAGCAAUAGGCUCAAGACGUAUGCCAACUUCCCAGAGGCACCUCAGGAGGAGGCUUCUCUCAGCAAUAGGCUCAAGACGUAUGCCAACUUCCCAGAAGCACCUCAGGAGGAGGCUUCUCUCAGCAAUAGGCUCAAGACGUAUGCCAACUUCCCAGAAGCACCUAAGGAGGAGGCUUCUCUCAGCAAUAGGCUCAAGACGUAUGCCAACUUCCCAGAGGCACCUCAGGAGGAGGCUUCUCUCAGCAAUAGGCUCAAGACGUAUGCCAACUUCCCAGAAGCACCUCAGGAGGAGGCUUCUCUCAGCAAUAGGCUCAAGACGAAUGCCAACUUCCCAGAAGCACCUCAGGAGGAGGCUUCUCUCAGCAAUAGGCUCAAGACGUAUGCCAACUUCCCAGAAGCAACUCAGGAGGAGGCUUCUCUCAGCAAUAGGCUCAAGACGUAUGCCAACUUCCCAGAAGCACCUCAGGAGGAAGCUUCUCUCAGCAAUAGGCUCAAGACGUAUGCCAACUUCCCAGAGGCACCUCAGGAGGAGGCUUCUCUCAGCAAUAGGCUCAAGACGUAUGCCAACUUCCCAGAAGCACCUCAGGAGGAGGCUUCUCUCAGCAAUAGGCUCAAGACGUAUGCCAACUUCCCAGAAGCACCUAAGGAGGAGGCUUCUCUCAGCAAUAGGCUCAAGACGUAUGCCAACUUCCCAGAGGCACCUCAGGAGGAGGCUUCUCUCAGCAAUAGGCUCAAGACGUAUGCCAACUUCCCAGAAGCACCUCAGGAGGAGGCUUCUCUCAGCAAUAGCCUCGAAGAGAUUCCUGAGGUGUCCCUCGUUACUAGACAGGAGUCCUGA